UGUUGUAUAGCCGAGGAGAUGUCAUAGCCUUCCGGUAGGUCUACCGGAACCUCUAAAACUGGAGCGCGUCAUGUUUCCUAGUCACACAUCCGACUACGGCUGUCAUUUCACACCUCCUAUACCUCGAUUUCUGUGUACAUUCAGUUUGUAAUAUAUCAGAGUGGUUGAAAAGACUUGGAAAGCCCACUUUGAUCACAACUACUUACUCACAAUCGGUUUCCGCCGAGCUUUAGAUGAACAAAAUCAAAGACUAUCCAAGACGAGGAUAGAUUAUCAACAGAAGAGAAGACUAAAUGAUAAACGACAUGCAAAGAUUGAAAGAGGAUUACCCAUGGAUUCAAACGCCGCUGGUGGUAGGCGCGCCGAUGCGAUUAAUCGCUCUGGCUGACAUGGCUGUUGAAGUAUCGAAAGCCGGAGGAAUCGGAUUCAUAGGCGCAGGAACAGACGUCUCGGAUCUAGAAUCCCAUAUCCAGCACGCAAAAACACUCUUACAAGACAUACCCGCCGCACUACCAACGAAAAACGGAACACUUCCCAUCGGCAUCGGCUUCAUAAACUGGGGCGCAGAUCUUGAAAUGGCUAUACCCAUCAUCGCGCAACACCGUCCAGCAGCAGUAUGGUUCUUCGCGCCUUCAUCAACAGCAUCCCUCGUGCAAUGGGCAGAAGCAAGUAGAACCGCCUCCCCCUCAACGAGAAUCUGGGUCCAAAUAGGCAGUAUAAAAGACGCCGUGGAAGUAGUCCAACAAAUCCAACCAGACGUCCUCGUCGUCCAAGGCACAGACGCAGGAGGCCAUGGUCUCGUCCAAGGCGCAAGUAUAAUAACCCUCCUCCCCGAAGUCGCCGACACUAUCAACACUCUCCAGCAACACCCCAAACCCAUUCUCCUAGCCGCAGGCGGCAUAUCUGAAUCCCGCACCUUCACCGCAUCCCUCACUCUCGGCGCCUCAGGCUGCGUGCUGGGAACACGUCUCCUCGCUACCCCCGAAGCAGCCAUCAGCACGGGUUACCGCUCUGCUAUCCUGCGCACCACCGACGGCGGACAAAGCACUGUGCGCACUAAAGUCUAUGAUUCUCUGCGCGGCACGAAUUGGGCGGAGACGCAUAAUGCGCGCGGUAUUAUUACGCAGAGCUAUGUAGAUGCUGUGGAGAAGGGGAUGAGUCAAGAGGAGAAUACGCGGUUGUAUCAGGAGGAAAUGAGGAAGGGGGAUGAGGGGUGGAGGGAGGGUGGGGGUAGGAUGACUGCGUAUGCGGGGAGUGGGGUUGGCUUGGUCAGGGAGGUUAUGGGGGCUGGGGAGGUGGUGAGGGAGGUUAGAGAGGGGGUUGUGGGUGUGUUGGAGGGGGUGAGGAGGAGGGCGAGGCUGUAGUGCUCUCCCUUUUUGUGGGUUCGUAAAAUGGAGAUGCGAUUCAUCUGGUAGGUGGAAUGUACAUAUACAUACAUGCAUGUCUGAAGUUCGUUUCUCUGGUGGAACAUAUGAAAACACAUAGUGGGUUGAGAUGCGAGGGUGCGAUGAUGGAAUCGUCGCUCGGAUAUUUUGACACAUGGUAAGAAACAGAAGAGCGUGUCACCUACUACCUGCUCGCUCAUGUACUCCUGACGUCUGCCACUCACAGAAUUCCAAGACCAUGCUCCAUUCCCGCCUGCUCUUUCCUGUACUCCAGGCAUUGCUGCACCGGAUGGGUAUGUGGCUCGACAUUGGUAGUUUGAUACUCGAGCUGUACAAUCUGCAGCUCGUGGCCGUUCGAACACU